ACUCAGCUCUCAAGAGUACAUACGGGAGAUAGUAUUCGCCCAGCGGAAACGUAAAUACUGAUCGUCGUUGAAAAGCAGUGGAAUUUGAACUGAAGGUCUUUCGCACAUAGGAAUACCUUGUUCAAGUGACAUACUUCUGGGCGGCUGUGCAUUGUCCCAGCGACAACACCAUCACGCUGGCUGCUUACACGGCUGUUCUUACCAUCAAGAGAAGCGGCAGAUCCCACCUCAAUACUAGUAGAGAGAAAAGAACGAACCCACAAUCAUGGCCAAAACCAUUAUCCCUGCUCCAGGCGGCAUCGCAAUUGUCGAACCGAAAGCAGCCUUGAACCAUGCUAACUCCCAGAUCAAUGAUGUUCCCACCAGUUUCACAAUCCUACAGCAGAAGCCCACGCCCACUGCUUCAUUCCGUCCAGCAACGGAUGGCGUUCGCGUCGUCACGGCAGCCGAGUACAAGGAGGCUGCCAUGUGUUUGGCGGAGGCUUUUGCUGAGGAUGAUGUAGCUCGCUACUUCAUUGAUGUCCCUGAUCGGGAGCAUUGGUCGGAGGAGGAGAAAUGGAACUUGCAUGUCGAAAUUCUCGAAUAUGUGACGUAUGCUCACAUCUUGAAGGGCCUCGUAACCACCAUUGGAGACUUUGGUGCGGUCGCUCUUUGGAUGCCACCGGGCCAGAACAUGGACGACAUGUGGACCAUCUUCCGCAGUGGCAUGUGGCGUCUCAACUAUAGGCUUUCCACUGAAGGCAAACGUCGCUUCUUCAACGAAUUCCUCCCCCUCCUUCACGACGUCAAGCAUGGUGUGCUUGGUGACCGCGACGACGAGAGUUGGUACCUCGUCUAUAUCGGCACUAGGCCUAGCGCUGCCCGCAACGGCUAUGCUCGCAAGUUGAUUGAGCAUGUGACCAACCAGGCAGAUCGCGAAGGCAGGCCAUGCUACCUUGAGUCUAGCAACCCAGUCAACCCGACGAUCUAUCGUAAGUUCGGUUUUGAGGAACGUCGAUCGGUCCAUCUGCAGCGUGCAGAGAAGAAUGUGCAAUUAGAUAUCAUGGUGAGGGAGCCCGUUAGCCAGGAGAAGAAGCUCAACGGCGUGAAGAAUAGGACUUAAGAGGCAGUCGCUGGGGGAGAUGGAGGAGGACGAGCACCACUUCAACAGUGGAACACGUCGAAACGUUGAGAUAGACUGCUAUAUAUAUAUUGACGGGGAGAGGAGGAGAAGACUGAAUACUGGGUAGUAGAGAGUCAAGGACUUGGAGAUCU